AUGAAUGAGAACAGAUACUGCAAAGAUGCUGUUGAAAGUGUGGAAAAAGUGUCGUCGUGUCCAACUUCUAAAGAACAAUGGGACAAAGCUGCGAGUAAAAAGAGAUGUUGGGAAAAGGCAUUAAAGCAGACUUGCUCAGCUCCUGAAAAGUUUGUGUAUCAUUGCGUUAUUAACGGAUAUGGCAAUGCAACCUUAGAGGUGUGCGCACCCGAGAGAUUAAUUUUGGGGCAUUGCACAGAGUUUAAUGAGGUCGGUGGAGUUAUUCAGGAUCAACUGUUAAGUCCAUGCAUUAACGUGUUACCUAGAUGUGAUGAAUAUUAUUUGUCAUCUGAAGCUUACAAAUAUGAAGGUUGUUAUAAGCUUGUUGAAACCAAAAAGUUAAAAACUUCAACAUCACAAAAUGUAAAACAUGAAUCUUCAGAUGAAACAAGCGGCAGAGAUGAAAUUAUCAUUCCAGUUUUAACUGCUGGAAUUUCCUUGUUAGGUGUCGCUGUCCUCGUAAUUUUUAUUCUCUAUGCCAAAAGAAGAAAAAUAAAUCGUUUGAGAGAUAAAAAAGGAGUCCAGACGGAAGUACACAAAAAGAAGAUACCCACUCUUUUCAUUACAGAUAUAGAAUCAGAGGAAAAUUCAGAUCAACAGCUUCGGAACAAACCAAUCUUAAGUUCCGAUUGUAGAAAUGAUGGCUCAGAAGUGAUGCCAGAAAGGCAAAGUCUAAUAGGGGAAGUUCAUGACCAAAAUACGUUGGGUGUCUCUAAAGUUAAGCGAAGACAACAUUCGGCCGAGAGCAUGUAGUAGAAAAAAGAGCCGCUGGAUUGCCGAUAAUUUAGAUGAAAAAAUACCAGUACCUUUAUGUACAUGUAGUACCGGUAUAUUGUAAAUUCAAUCAGCCAGACAUCUUAUUUGGAUUUAUAUCUAAAUAUGUGUUCCUGUUGCAUACAGCCAGUUUCAUCUAGUUAUCCGUAUGUGUUCUUUAUGUCCUUAUUUUGUUGUUUAAGGUAGUGCAAAACAGAUAAGCUAAAUUUUUCCCAUAAUUUAAUUUUUCUGAUAAUUUUAUAUUUCUUUCUUUGGAAUGGAAUUUUUUUAUACUUUGAAUUUGAAAAAAAAUCCGACCUCACAAUUUUUGCCCACAUCGCCCAAAACCUACCAUUGAAAUCUCCUUUCAGUGGACAGUAAAAUGAAAUAGUCAUUGUUAUAAUUUUCUAUGCCAUUAAGUUAUUUUUAAAGAUAUUACAAAUAUUUGUUCUGCUAUUUAAACAGGAGACCAUCCUGUUACUUAAAGAUACUGAAAUAAAUUCUAACUAGUAACUUAAGAUAAUUUCUUAUGCAAUAUAAUGUAAAACUAGACGAAAAUUUGCAGUACUUAACGGUAUCUAAAAAGAAAAUGUAUAAUUCAAAUUUGAAUAUAAUUUAACAGUAUGAUUGGCAUGACCGUGUAAUUGAAAUAUAUCAAAAUAAAGACAAUUUAACCAUUGGUUUUAGAUUAAUUAAGGUUUAAGUAUGUUUGACGGAGGUAUAAAUUGAUAAAAAUCCUCGAUGAAAUAAGUCAUCAUAUUUGACCUUUGACCUGUUGAUAUGACCUUGAAAUUUGUUUGACAUAAAGCCUAAAUACUGUUGGUGGUCAAGUACAAAUUUCAGGUUCUUACUUUCAAAAGAACACAAGUUACGCAUUUUAAAAUGAUUUAAGGCUAAAUUGCACAAAAAUCAUAUGAACACCAUCCAAAUGUAUGUUUCAAAAUAUUCGAAAUACGUUUCAUCCUUUAUUAUUUUUUUUUGAAAAGAAAGGCACUGUAUAUAUUUCAUUUGUCAUUUAUGAAUAAAAAAUAGGAUACUUAUAGCUAUCCUACUUCACUGAGAGUGAGAAUUUAAAACACAAUUUUAAGGUGUUCAUUAACAAAUCAUGUUCCGAUACAUUUAAGCUUUUGUUAUCCAACAUCAUGAAAGAAUUUCUCCCUCAAACAGUAAAAUGUAGACA